AUGCCUCCCAUCCUCUUCGCCGCCACGGCCCCGCGCUCGUGCCCCCGCAUUUUCCUGCACGCGCACCCGCCGAUGUGUUCCGCGACGCCGCCGCCGCCCGACGCGGCGACGGCCCGUCCGCACUCGCGCAAGCGCGUGCGCUCGCGCACGCCGCGCCCCCCGCGCACCUCAGUUGCCGGUCUCGACGCGGCCAUCUCUGCCGGCGCCCUGUCGUUGCUUCCGGAGCUGGUCGCGCGCGACGUGGACACGCUCUCGUACGGCGCCAUCCUGCGCGUGCUCUCCGCGCUGACGAAGGCCGCCCUGUGGCGGCCGGCGGUGCGCGUGUACGACGCGGCGGCGCUCAACCAUGGCAUCAAGAUUCGCUUCACGUCGCGCAUCUACACGGACCUGUUCUUCUCACUGAUGAAGCUCGGCGGCCCGCGUGACGCGGACCGCGCCUUUGAAGAGUGGCAGUACCUCGUCGACCGCGACCGAGACCAGACGUUGCUCGGACCGCGCGCGUAUAACUUCUUGUUUGUGCUGCUCAGCCGCAACGCGCGCGUGGAUGAGGCGAUGUCUGUAAGGAACAAUUGUUCGGAGAAUGGGUUUUAUUUGAAUCGGUACUCGUACAACGCGUUUCUCAAUGCGUGCGCGAAGAGCCACCGCAUUGCAGACGCGUUUGAAACUCUCCGCAACAUGGCGGAGAGCAACGUCCUGCCGGACGUCGUCUCUUUCAAUGUCCUCAUCGCGUGCUGUGUGCGCAGUGGCGACUUGGAUAUCGCCCUUGGAAUUCUUCAUCGUAUGCGCGAUUGGGGCAUCUUGCCGGAUGUCUACUCGUAUAAUUCCAUCGUGAACGGUCUCAGAAAGAACAAGAUGCUCGAGGAGGCCUUCCAGCUCGUCGCUCUCAUGGAGACGGAGGCUGCGAAUGGCAAGUCCAUUCCGCUCAUAACGGAUAUUCCAAAAUGCGUCGAGGAGCCAGAGACGGGUCACGCACGGAGGCAGUCGCCUGAGGCCGUGGACAAGCCAGCCCAUGUCGUGGCCGCCGCCCCGCUUAUUGAGGCCCUAACGACGGCGAGGAGAGCCACAACGGCCAAGCCUGGGGAGACAUUGACAGUGGAGCACAAGGGAAAGAAGCAAGGGGGAGAGACAAGAGAAGAGAAAGGGAAUCCAGCGGCUGAGCAAGGUAAGAAUGAGGCCGACGAGGCCGACGAGGCCGACGAGGGAGAGGAGCGUGAAGCAGCGGAGAGGAAACUUGUUGACGUGGGGGAGGAGGGCGAAGAUGGUGAAGAGACAGGCGUCAGUCCAGAUCUAGUGACAUACAAUACGCUUAUUUCCGGACUCGCUUGUGAGGAGUUUCCUGAUUUCGAGCGUGCCAUGCGUGUCAAGCAGCAUAUGGAGUCGCGCAGAGUGAUAUGCAACGAGGUAAGUUAUAAUGCAUUGAUGGCUGUAGCAGCGCGAUCCAACAGGGUUCAGAUCGCGUUUGAGAUCUAUGACGAGAUGAUUGGCAAGAGCCUCCGCCCAAACUGUGAAUGCUUCACGACGCUCAUCACGCUGUGCGGCCGGACCAACAUGAUCGAUCGCGCUUUUAAGAUACACGAGCACAUGAUCACGAUCGGGAUCGAACCAAGCGUGAUUACAUACAACGCGCUUCUGACCGCAUGUCGUUGCUCGGCUGGACGAGAUGCCGGGGAAGCUGCGCUACAAGUGUUUCAGGAGAUGCGGGAGACGCCGGGGUGCACGCCGGAUGUGAUUACAUACUCGACGGUGAUCGACGCGCUCGGGCGCGGGGGACGCUUCGGUCAGGUGCGCGACGUGCUCGACGAGAUGUCGCGAGAAGGAGUGGCGCCUAACCUUGUGACGUACACGUCUGUGAUCUCGGCUCUAACGCGAGCCGGGGACUUGGAAGGCGCUCUGAAAGUGCUCGAAGAUAUGGAGGGGCACGGGAUCAAGCCGAAUGUGUACACGUUUUCCAGCCUGAUCCACGGGGCAGGGCGGCGCGGACAGUUUCACAAGGCGUUUGAAAUGCUGCAGCUGAUGCGCGAAAGCGGCAUCAUGGCCAGCCGGGUGACAUACAGCAUGCUGCUGCAGCUGGCGGUCAAGUCCGGGGAGCGGGAGCUUCUCGAACAUGUCAUCGAUGUUGUGGCGACCGACACCAGGCUCAUAGGCACGCCGCAGCUGGAGCGGAUCCUCUACUUGAGCGACGACCCGGAUCUGUUCGUGGCUGGGAAGAGCAAGCAAAUCUUCGCCAUGAUGAACAAGGCGAUCGAGGAGUGUAUCGCGGGCUCGAAGAGUCAGAGCUGGAAUCGCAAGUUUCGCGGACGGUAGGGGAUGUGAUACAAGGGAAUAAAGCACUAGCGUUGGUAGCUAACUAAUGUUAACAGUUUUAUGUCCUAGAGUAUUUGUAGGGCGGUAUGGAUACUCAUGCAGGGUUUUUGCAGGGGAGUUAGGGUAUAGUACAAAGGCAGGUUAUUCUCUGAGCAUAUCCAUUGUGUUUGAAGUGAGAAUAGUGAGAUGCCGGUACUUCAUGCGGUUUGGCAAGCUACGGAGCUUUGGCUGGCAGAGAAUAUAAAGCAGGACUUUUCGACGUGUGCC